AUGACUAGACCUGAAAAGAACAAACAAUAUCCAGAUGAGGAGAUGCAUGAAGCAAUCUUAGAGGGUAAAGUAUUUCUUGCUCACCAGAAACAUCCUAUUCUCAAACCAAUUGCGGAACAACAUCAUAUUCCAUACACAACGUUUCUUCAGCGACUUGCUAGGGCAGAUGAAAAUGGAAACGUCCCAAAUAGGAACGAAAACAGGCAAAAAUUGACUCCAGCCCAAGAGGAUCAGUUAAUACAGUACGUGGUUGAUCGAAUAUAUCUGGGACGUGAAACAACAAAAUCCCAAUUUAUGGAAAUGGUCAAUAGAAUUGGAAAACAUGAUUCACCUGAUUUUUCUGUUGGUGAGAAAUGGUAUACAAUGUUCAUGAAACGUCAAAACAUUAUCGAAUAUAAUGAAGAAGGAUAUUUUGAACUCAUUGGAGUUAAAGAAACUAGCUAUGACGUUAUUAAGGACUGGACCGAGAGAUACCACAAGGUUGUUGUUGAAGGUAAUGUAAAGCCAUGUAAUAUUUACAAUAUGGAUGAAAUCAAUGUCCGUAUUGCUAAAAAAAGGGGACGUAAACUCUUCAAAUUAAAAGAAAAGGGUCCGAGGAAAACAGAAAGAUUAGCAGGCACAAGUUAUGUUACAGUUGUUGAAACUAUUAGCAUGUCAGGAGCAAAAUUAACACCCAAAGCUAUUUUCGCAAGUAAGAAUGAAUUGUUGAGUUGGUAUGAUGCAGAUAAUAUUCCUCAUUUUAAUUUUGAUAUCCUGAAUUCAGGAUGGAUCACGAAGGAUUUGGCUUGUGACUGGUUAAAGAGAAUUUUUAUCCCUGAAAGUGGAGCUGGUAAUGUAAAAGAUCCCGUUGUUUUGAUUUUAGAAGAUUACUCAGCCCAUAAAACUCCUGAGUUCAUGACGAUAUGUGAGCAAAAUAAUAUCAAAUUGUUGUUUCUUCCAUCUAAUACAUCUCACUUAACUCAGCCUUUAGAUGAAUGUCCUUUUGCAAUUAUUGAGAACAAAUACAGUGUAAAAGUUUCUAAGAAAGUUAGAAAUGUUGAAACUCGAGGAAUUACCAAAAACGAAUUUAUCAAAAUCUAUAAUGAAGCUAGAGAAAGCACUCUCACAGAGUCAAUGAUUAAGAAGGCAUGGGAGCAAGUUGGUCUUUUCGGUAAUAAUUACGACAUAUUGUUCAACAAUGUUACUGUGAUUAAUAAUCCCAAUUCAUCAGUGAAUUCUCCAUUCGAGGAGUUUGGUACUAAUAAUGUAGGUACGAUGAUGAUGGAUAAACUUUCUUUUUCAGCUGAAUCAAGCGACGUGGAAACAAUUCGAAAGUCAAUGGGUAUUGUGGAGCCACGUCCUAUCGUUCAGUUUUAUAGAUUUAUGAAAUACAUCGAUGGGUUGAGAUCUGAGAGAGCAGAGUUGGAGAAACAAUUAGAAAAUAAAAUAGAGGAAACUGUUGAGCUUAUUGCUGAGGACCCUGAGGCUAUUGAUAUGGAGAGCACACUGCUGUCCCCUAUUCUGGAUGAUAUUGGAUUGGAAGUUGAUAACAAUUUAGAGGAAGAAACCAAGACCUCAGAAAAGAGGAAAGAAUUUGUGCAAAUGUUGAAAGAAACUUUAUUAACCGAUAAUAAAAGGAUGAAACUUUCAAACCAUAGAGAUUCAAUUUGA